ACUACACUUGGAGCAGUAGAGAGCUGCAACUACAGACUGCACCAUGCGGCUCAACAUGCUGUUCCUCCUGCUGAGCCUAUCUUGUCUCACUCUUGGACUGGCACAGGUGUCCUAUUACGACUGCUGCCUGAAAUAUGUGAAAAGCCUGAACCACAAAACUCAAAAAAAUGCAGUGAAUUACAGAUGGCAGGAAACAGAUGGAGGCUGCAACAUCACUGCUAUAAUCUUUAUCAUGAGGAGGGGGCGUAAGUUUUGCGCAGACCCCAGAGAAGCAUGGGUUUUAAAACUGAUGAAGAAGCUUGACAAAAAGGGAGCCAAAAAUGACAGAAAGAAGUAUGAACACCCUUCACAUUGAUCAACGCCUGCUGCCCUGAAUCAUCCUUCCGCAAAUCUGAUUGGAGGGAAGAUUAGGAAGCUUGCAAACUCUUGUAGCAUUACAUUUGGUUUCACUCAGCAAUGAGAUGAGGGCUGAAGGUUUGUAUAGAAUCACAGCAGCACUUUGUUUCCAUGGUUGGACUGCUAUUGCUGAGUCACCACAUGAUACAUAUAAAUACCUUUAAUAUCAUGGCUGCUUCACUGAGAAUAUUUCUGACCAUUUUCUUACAAUCGUUUUGCGUGAUAUACCCAGAUAUCUAUCAAAUACUUGUGUACAUGCAAACACAAGUUGUUAAAUGUAAAUUACUUUCUGUAAUGUGUGUCAUAGGAAAGGAUAAGCUCAUGUCUUAAUUUCUAACUUGUUUAAAUGUCUGUCUCUUCAUAUAUUUUG